UUAGUUUAUUGGUUCAGCGGAAAUAGUAAGUGUACUUUCAACUGGUAUAAUGGUCACACAAAUCGAAGUAUAGAACCUGUUGUUGUUCAGUCUCGAAGUUCUCUAAACUCACACACCUCUUCUUACCGACAGACUAAAGCCUCAAAGAGACUCUGAAGAGUCCAAAAUGAAACGCAAGAAAUGGUCGGAGCUGGAAGAGCAAACCCUGCUCACAAAGUACUCAGAGCUCCGAAACUCUGGUGCCUUAGCCAAGCUCAAGACCCGGGAGAAGAAAUUCAAGCCUGUGGCUGACCAUGUUAACGCAAUACACCAUCUUCAAGACCCAGCCACCUACCCCUUCAAGUGGAGCUGGCGUGACGUGUCCAUCAAGGUCCAAAACAUGCGCCACCAGUACCUGGGUGUGAAGCAGAAGAUCCGACUCUCCAAUGAUGAGUUCAACUGGAAAGAUGGUGAGAAUCACUGGGUCAAUUUUUUUAAGUACAAGGAAGUGUUUGGGGAUGUGGAACUUGAUGUUAAGAGUAAGAGGUUGUGUGAGAACAAUGAUAAUGAUAUUCAUGUUUUUGGGGAUUGUGGGGAUUUGGGGUUUGGGAUUGAUUGUGAGGAUGAUGAAGAUGGUGAAGAAGAAGAUGAAGAUGAAGAAGAUGAGGAUGAGGAUGAGGAUGUGGAUGAUGAUGAUGAUGAGGAGGAAGAUGAAGAAGAAAAUGAGGAAAAUUUGAGGAGUGAAGGUGAAUUUGAGGGUGAGAGGCAAAAUGGGGAAGUGGGUUUUGUUGGGGUGAAGAAAUUGAAGAUGGGUUUGGGAGGAAAUGAAAGAUUGAGGCUAAUGGGUUCUAAAGUUUUGGACUUGAGGGAUGUGAUGGUGAAGAAAGAGGAGAGGAAAAGAGAGAGGGAGUUUCAGGGAGAGAAGGAGGAGGCAGUGAGGGAGGAAAAAAGGAGAGAGGCGCAUUGGAGGGCGGUGAAACGGAGGUAUGAUAGGGAAGAAGGGUUGGAGAAUAGAGAAUUGGAGUUGGAAGAGAGGGAGUUGAUGUGGGCAAAGAGGGAAGUUGAGAGAAGGUUGAGAUUGGAAAGGGAAUUUGAUGAGGAACGGCGGGAGAGAAUGAGGAUGGAGGAGGAGAGGGAGGAGAAGGAGAUGGAGUGGAAGGAGAGGAUGUUGGGUUUGCAGAUUGAGCAUGAGAAGCAAAUGAUGCAAAUGCAAGCUGAGGCGUGCCAGAACCAAAUGCAGGUUCUUGGGGUCAUGGCUCGGCUUGUUUGUCAGUUUUUUGGGUCGGCGAGUGAUGGGUUGGGUGGUGCAUUGGGAGUUUUGCCGCCUCAGGUUUUGCAUAAUUUGCAGCAUCCAGGGGGAUUGGGCGACAAUGGGAAGCCGGAUGCAAAUUCGCCUUCUGAAUUCAUGAAGCAUGGAUAUGGACAUGGGUACGGGUAUGGCACAGUGACACAAGCAAUUUUUGAAAAUUAAUAACAUGAAAUGGUCGGUACGACACUGGUAUGACAUGGGGGAAUGCAGGAUAUGAAUCGUGAACUGUCUUUGUGGCGUGGCUUCAACUCACUGCCUUUCCUAAUAAAUGCUGUUGAAUUAAUGAUGUAGAUCUUAUUUUCUGCUACUUCUACAAAUAGGCAAUUUGGUAGGGGGUACUUAUCCCCUUGAAGCAGGUUCCUGGAGGACACUACCAGUUGCUCGAUAUCCUGAACUGCCACAACCAGAAACACGUGGAGCUCCCAAAUUAGAGGCCUGCUCUAAUGCCCUAUUUGUACUUGGAUUUGACAAGGUUGUGAGAUUUCACCUUUAGAAAUUAGUUUCUGGAAAUAUCAGUGAAACAAGAUUUUCUCUUUGCUCCUUGUUUAAAAAGCACAGAGUCUGAAUGGUGGUUUAUAGACACAGCUGAGAUUACAGAUUCCAGGUAUUCAAAUUAACUAAAUUAAGUAUUGAAGAUAUUCAAUUGAUUGGUCUAAGCAUGUGGUUGUCCCAUAUCUAUUGUGUUGACUGGAUUCCUGUAUCCAAAAUUGUAAGUACUAAGCAUACAUUCAAUUUUGAAUUAGUUCUUAUAUUGCAAAAUAUUUCAAAAGAUGAAUGCAAAUUCAGAACUCUCUUAGCCAUGAGAAAUUUUUUAA